AAAAUGAAAACAAAAUAUUGGGAGAGAGAAGAAUAAAUAAAGCGUUGGGUGAACGCUUCAAAGAAAUGGCCUUAAACCGAUGCGUCGUUCUUAGUCACUCACUUUUUCACUAUCGUCGUCCUCCUCCUCCUCCAUUUUUCUCAUCUGCUCUGCGUUCGACCUCCUCAUCAAUGGAAGCUCCUCCCGAAGGUUACCGCAAAAACGUUGGCAUUUGCCUCAUCAAUCCGUCUAAAAAGAUUUUUGCUGCCUCAAGGUUGGAUAUACCAGAUGCCUGGCAAAUGCCUCAGGGCGGCGUGGACGAGGGUGAAGAUCCAAGAAGUGCAGCCAUUAGAGAACUUAGAGAAGAAACAGGAGUCAAAUCCGCAGACAUUAUUGCUGAAGUACCUUAUUGGGUGACUUAUGAUUUCCCACCACAUGUUCGGGAAAAACUUAGGCAGCAGUGGGGUUCUGACUGGAAGGGUCAAGCGCAGAAGUGGUUUCUGCUGAAGCUGACCGGAAGUGAUGAAGAGAUCAAUCUUCUAGGUGAUGGGACCGAAAAACCCGAGUUUGGCGAAUGGUCAUGGAUGUCACCUGAAGAUGUAGUAGAAAGUGCUGUAGAUUUCAAGAAACCUGUAUACAAGGACGUGCUAACGGUAUUCAAACCCCAUCUCGAGUAAUAUUGUUCUGUUUCACAAACAUAUAUUCUUGUCUCUUUCAAUAAUGUUGAUCUUUUCUCCAAUGAACUAAGUUAAUAUUUAUAUACAAGGAAGCCACCAUCUUGCGACGAUAUAUCAAACCCAUAUUCUCUUUGGAACGAGAAUAUUGGAACUAAGUUUCAUGCUUCAUUUUAGAGCAAAAAGCUCUCUCAUGUUAGAGAAUGAAUGAUACUUUCUUGAAUGGUAACAAGACUUUAGCUAUAGCUAGGAUGCAAUCGAGCAUGAUUCAAGCAGUUUGCUUUUUCUUUUCGGAAUUUAAGAACUCCUUGACUUUGAUACCAA